AAAGAAGGGAGAUGGUUGGUUUCUUGCCCGCGAAGAAAUGAUGAUCAGUACUAUGACGAUGAAAAUACCGGUGAGCCUGGGAAGACCAAGAGGAAGAGGAAGAGGAAGAGGAUGAAGGUAACCCAGAAAGGGUUGGUAGUAAGGUGUCGAGAAUCUUGAGCAAAAAUUUGGGCAAAAUAAAUAAAGACGGCCGUGAUUCAGAGCUGGAGCAGAGUAGUAGUUACGCAGAUGGUUAGUUAACUUGAAGCGAUGCCAUUCACACAUAAAUCCAAGACAAAGAGACGCUGUUUAAGAGAGUGGUAUGCUCUAGUUUUAAGAAGUGCUGGUUCGAUCUUGAUCCCGUGUCGGAUGACAUGCAAAGUUGGAACGAUCGCGUUGUUGGCACGCAUUUUACAAACUCUCAUAAAGAGAACGAUCCCUUACUAGCAAUGAGUCGACCUAAGCCUAUCUUAUAUGGGUGUCGGUCUGCUCUUGAGUCAUUGCUAGUACUUGCUAGAGUGAUGCCCAAGAUACUCAUAGCUUCAAAAGACGCCAAUAGACUGUUUGGAACAGAGAGUCUUGGGGCAAAGUCUAAUAACGAGGCUCCGUCUUGCAGCUAUCGGAUUGGGAGAGGUGUUAGAAUAGGCCGAAGUUGGGUUUCUUUGUGCAGCUUUCUUUGGCCCUUCCUCAUGGCGUCUUCGAUACUGGACACCUUUCUAGGUCUACACGAUCGGCCUCAAUUAAAGAUGAAAAGAAUGACUUUUGGCGUCUUUUACUCCAAAAGCUGCUUGAUUGACUGCCCUCUAAGCAGACAACACCCAUGCUUGCUUUUCAGCUCGGGCAUGUCUCCUGAAAACGGUGUUUACCGUACAUGGGCGGUCACUCCUCUGCCAUGACCAACGCCUUACCUUGACCUGGUCUAGGCGCAGCAGUAGGUAGUCUUCGGGGAAAGCCGAAGCCUUGUGUACUACCGACUAUUCGAGAAGGAUACGAAUGGGUGAAUAAGCGACUGG